AGAAUCGAGUCUGCCCCACAGAAAAGUUCGACGUCGGCGCAUCACAAGCAAUUGGCAAAAUGCGACUCAUUGUCAAUAUCCUGCUCCUAUAGGUACAAAACAGCGCGAUACCGAACUCUGAACCAACACAACCCAAUUGUUAAGCUUUAAUGCUUCUAUACAUAUGAUACUUCUUUGUGAUCGAUUAUUACAGUAAACCGAGACCAACAUGUCGCGGCCAGAGGACACACUGUCCGCCGACGUCCACUACAAUGAUUCCGAAGCACGCAAAUACACAACGUCUUCCCGAAUACAGAACAUCCAGGCAUCUAUGACACAUCGAGCUCUUGAGCUCCUCGAUCUAUCCUCGCCCUCUUUCAUCCUCGAUGUCGGCUGUGGAAGCGGUCUAUCGGGCGAGAUCCUCUCCUCAAUACCCCCCGAAGAAGGCGGCCCACACGUAUGGGUGGGCAUGGAUGUGUCAGCUUCUAUGUUGGACGUCGCGCUACAGCGGGAUGUGGAAGGCGAUCUGUUACUAGCCGAUAUUGGGCAAGGAGUUCCCUUCCGAGCCGGCACGUUCGACGCAGCUAUCAGUAUCAGUGCGAUACAAUGGCUAUGUAAUGCCGAAAGCAGCGACGUGUCGCCUGCGGGGCGCUUGUCGAGAUUCUUCAAUGGUCUAUACGCAAGCUUGAAGAGAGGUGGGCGAGCUGUGUGUCAAUUCUACCCGAAGAAUGACGAGCAGAAAAAGAUGAUCACGAGCGCGGCCGUAAGGGCUGGCUUCGGUGCCGGUUUAUUAGAAGAUGAUCCGGAGACCAAGAAUGUAAAGGUCUACCUGGUACUCACAGUAGGUGGUGGCAACCUUGACGGGAAUGGAGGCGACAUCACUGGGGUAAUCAAGGGUAUGGAGGGCGUUGAUGUGUUAGAUUCAAGACACGGUAGUCGCAAUGGUAAGGGCGAGAUCAAAAAGGGGAGCAAAGCAUGGAUCAUCAAGAAGAAGGAACAGAUGGAACGAAAAGGAAAGGUUGUCAAGGCUACAUCCAAGUACACGGGACGAAAGAGACGGAUUGCUUUUUAGGUUCGGAACGAUAUCCUUUGUGCAUUGCGCGGCGUAUCGGAGUUAUAUGACCUUCAGUUGGUCAAGAAUUAAAAUCAAUUUGUGUCUCAAUUAUUCCUGGUGCUUCUAUAAGAAUAAAUUUCAUGUCGAUAUUUCCUUUAUCGUUAGCUACGCCCUCUUCUAUAUUUGGUCUGAACGAUCUUCUUUUUGGUAGGGGGUUUAGUUUAAGCUCGUGUGCUAAUAUUCUCCAUGAUACAAGUUAAUACGAC